GCGCAUUGGAAAUGUAAACAGACGGUUACGCAGCAAAGUCAGAAUCAAAUUAUGAACGAAUGCGGUGCGAGGGGCUUCAAGAUGUUCAAUGACGGAGAAGGAAGAGGUCGGUUUGACGUCAGUCAAGAGAAAGGAUCUCUAUAAAUAAGGGGGGAAAGAAUGCUACAUGGAAGUAAGUGACCAGCGCUCCCAAGAGACCACAAGAUAAUUUCAACUGUUUCGCGCGCGCGCCAUCUGAACAUGCCGAAUUCAAGCAGCUCCACAUCUUCCACAAAGAGCAUCCGGAGAGCUGCUUCUGAACUCGAGCGCUCAGAUUCUAUUACGUCUCAGAAGUUUGUCGGGAGGCGGCAGAGUUUGAUCGAGGAUGCGCGUAAGGAGCGCGAGGCGGCGGCCGCAGCGGCGGAGGCUGCAGGACUGAACGAGCAGAUCGUGUUUGAGGAGAGCGAUGGAAAAGCGUUGAUCAGCCUAUUCUUCACUCUCAGAUGCUCAAAAAGCCCAGCGCUGUCUCGCACCUUGAAGGUUUUCGAGACAUUUGAGGCCAAGAUCCACCAUCUUGAAACCAGACCCAGCCGAAAACCAAAGGAUGGCUUGGAGGACCUGGAAUAUUAUGUUCAGUGUGAAGUGCACUUGUCGGAUGUUAGCACUCUGGUCAGCUCUCUGAAGAGAAGUGCAGAAGAUGUCAAAACCACAAAGGAGGUCAAAUUUCAUUGGUUUCCAAGAAAAAUUGCUGAGCUUGAUAAAUGCCAUCACCUUGUCACCAAAUAUGAUCCUGAUCUGGAUCAGGAUCACCCAGGAUUUACCGACCCUGUUUACAGAAAACGACGAAAGAUGAUCGGAGACAUUGCCUUCAAAUACAGACAUGGAGAACCAAUUCCUAGAGUGGAUUAUACAGAGGAAGAAAUCGGAACAUGGCGGGAGGUCUACUCCACCCUCCGAGAUCUGUACACGACCCAUGCCUGCAGUGAACAUUUAGAGGCUUUCCGGUUACUGGAGAAACACUGCGGCUACAGCCCAGAUAACAUCCCUCAGCUGGAGGAUGUGUCCUGCUUCUUAAAAGAGCGCACAGGAUUUCAGCUGAGGCCAGUGGCAGGUUUGCUCUCUGCACGCGACUUUUUGGCCAGCCUGGCUUUUCGUGUGUUCCAGUGCACACAGUACAUACGCCAUGCUUCCUCCCCCAUGCACUCCCCUGAACCGGAUUGCGUCCAUGAACUUCUUGGCCAUGUACCAAUAUUGUCUGAUCGAACAUUUGCACAGUUUUCUCAGAGUAUUGGUCUGGCAUCUCUUGGAGCUUCUGAUGAAGAUAUUGAGAAGCUAUCGACAAUGUACUGGUUCACUGUGGAGUUUGGACUGUGUAAACAGGGAGGGAUGAUUAAAGCAUAUGGAGCAGGACUGCUGUCAUCUUAUGGAGAGCUGGUGCAUUCUCUCUCAGAUGAGCCAGAGAGACGAGAAUUUGACCCGGAUAUUGUUGCUGUUCAGCCAUACCAAGACCAGACUUACCAACCUGUCUAUUUUGUGUCAGAAAGCUUUGUGGAUGCCACUGAGAAACUGAGAACAUAUGUGACCCGCAUCAAGCGACCAUUUUCAGUGCGGUUCGACCCAUACACGGACAGCAUAGAAGUGCUGGACAACCCACUGAAGAUCCAGAAAGGCCUGGAGACCAUAAAAGACGAACUGAAGAUUCUCACAGAUGCCCUGAAUGUGUUGGCUUAAUUCUGCUGAGGAACCAAUCAGCUGUCGCGUUCCUCAAUGCUUCACGUGUGACAGUCUCAUUGUUAUACUGUUCUUCUAUGUCUACUGUACAUCUGCUGCUAUAGACAUUGUUGCUUCUAAAAUGCUGAAAACAAACUUUAAAA